AUGUCUCAACCCGUCCCUGAAGCCGCAUAUAUCAACGGCCACCACGAAUCCGUACUGCGCUCGCACAACUGGCGCACCGUAGAGAACUCCGCUGCAUAUCUCCUGAAAUCCAUCCGCCCCGACAUGCACGUCCUGGACGUCGGAUGUGGCCCCGGGUCUAUUACGAUCGAUUUUGCGCGCCUCGUCCCGCAAGGCCACGCUGUGGGUAUCGAGAAUACGUCCGAUGUGCUUGCAGAGGCCCGUACAUCUGCAUCAGCUCAGGGCAUCACGAAUGUCGAGUUCCGCAUCGGCGAUGCGCUCGCGCUCGACUUCCCCGACGGUACAUUUGACGUUGUGCAUGCGCACCAGGUGCUGCAGCAUGUCCCCGACCCGGUCCUUGUGCUGAGCGAGAUGCGUCGCGUUACGAAGCCUGGCGGGUUCGUUGCCGUGCGCCAGGGCAACUUCGGGAACAUGUCGUUUUUCCCGGAAGACCCGGUCCUAGAUGAGUGGAAGGAGACACACAUGGCUGUCACGCGUGCGCUCGGGGGUGAGCCGAGCGCGGGUUGCAGGCUGGUGUCGUGGGCGAUGCAGGCAGGAUUCCCGCGCGAGACAAUCACGACGACGGCGAGCGCAUGGUGCUACAGCACGCCCGAGGAGCGUGCUUGGUGGGGCAAUUUGUGGGCAGACCGGGUGCAGUUGUCCGCAUUUGCGACCAAGGCAGUCAAGGGUGGCUUUGCGACGCAAGAGAAAUUGGACAUGUUCUCGCAGGCGUUCCGCCAGUGGAUGCAGCAGGAAGAUGGCUGGUACGCGCUGCUGCACGGAGAGAUCCUUUGCCGCGUUUGA